AUGCACAUCGUUAUGCCCAUAUUCCAGGAUGCUAAUGGUCUUGCCAUCAAGUUCUUCAUUCAGAAAGAUAUUGCUCAGGAAAUCCAAGCUGAGCUGUGUGAAGUCGUAGCUUCAUUAGGUGGUCGCGUCGAAGCAAAGGUUCCAAGACAGGGAUACGUACUGGUCCAACCCGGUACUGCGGAGGAAGAGCGUCUUCGCCUGUGCUGGAUGGCGCAGGAUCGACCACAACGCCAUUUCGUGCCGUAUACAUACGUGGAAGCCUGCAAGAUUGCGGGCAUGCAGUUGAAGCAGAUCUUUGUGGAAAACGGCUUGCCCGUCAAGAUGCACAUUCAUCCUAGCAUUGCUAAUAUCAAUGCACGCACAACUUUAAGUCAGAGAAUCAUGCAUUCCGGUGGCGACCCUACUUCAUCUCCGCAGUCUGCUAAGAUCAUUCUUGCGGACCCGAACACAGAAGUCUUUCAACAUCUCGUCAAAACAUACCAAGGCAUUCCGGAUAAACAUGUCGAAUCGUACUUGUGGGUAAAAAAAUGUGUUGAGAAGGGUUCUCUUGUAUACACCCCUCUCAUCUACAAGAACCCUGGCGGCCGACGUCCUGGGGAAGAGAGAACGCCAUUCACUGAAGACGACGAACAACGUUUAUGUGAAUGGAUUGCGGCAAAGAUACCAUACAAGCAGACAGGCGGAAGGACUGGGAAUAGACUCUAUCAACAACUGUGCGAAAUGAUCGCGGACCCAGAAUACGCAUGGGUUUCGCGUCAUACAUGGCAGUCUUGGCGUGAGCGUUACAAGAAGAAUGCUGUGCGGUUAGACACCAUGAUCGCUCAAAUCGUUGACCAGAAGAAGCCAGUUCCUGGGGAACAAGGGCAGUAUGGCUAUGUCCGGCAAGAUGAAGAGAACAACAAACGGCCCAGGAAGAAACGCACCAAACCUGCGGAACAGAAUUUGCAUAAACAGGAAAUGAUAAUUGGCGGCAUUAACGGUAAUGGCGCCGAAGUACCCGUGAUUGUUUUCGACGCGUCACCGGUUGAGUCAGGACCGUCUACAUCAAGAGUUUUCGUUCGAAAUAGCCCUGCAGAGGAAGAACUGGAGGAUGGUGAAGACAGCGAAGAGUGGGCGGUUCGCAUCGGCAAUGAACCUCCUCCAAAGUGGGGGAAGCGACCCGCCAGUGAAGAAAGUGAAACACGGAACUCUCGUAAAAGAAUGAAGUCCGAUGAUUCAGAUUCUAUACAAGGCACUUUGCUGGACCCCGGCGUCCAUCUCAUCGACCGGACGUUACAAGAAAUAGCCACGGAGUACAGGUUUACACUUGAAGAGGUUAAAGAGUUUUAUGACCAGUGUGGGGAAAUGGAGCGCACGAAGAAUCGCUUCCAAAAGAUGCGACAAAUAUUGUCCAGUAUCGGAGAGUCAUAG